CAGCUCCCAUCAGGCCAAGCGGCGCCAGCGGGGUCCUGCACGGCUGCGGCUGGGCAGCAGGUUCCAGUUGCUGUAGCUGCAAACCUGGCAGCAAAGAUUUUUGGAGCCUGUCAUGGAGUCACUACACUCUGCACCCUUCAGAUGAGUCCAGGAUUUCUGCAAGAACUUCAUUAGUUUUAAUUUCUUUUCCUGACAGAGGAACCAUCUGGUGCUGUCUUCACUGUACUUCACCUAGUGUGCCAGAGAAGUGCUCAGCUCUGACUUGUGGUGUGAGAGACUCAAUCUGGAACUUUGAAGCUUCAGGUGCCAUACUGUCCAGUGGAGAGGCUGUGCUGCUAGGUUUAAAACAGAGUCUCAAGCUAUUUCUGUAACUUAUCUUUAAUUUUCUGGCCUGAAAGACAUUUACGGAAAGAGGAAGAGAUGGCAGUUUCUUGGGGCUCAGUGACCUAUGAAGAUGUAACAGUGAUAUUCACUCAAGAGGAGUGGGCACUAUUAAAUCCUUCAGAGAAGAAACUCUACAGAGAUGUGAUGUGGGAAAACUUCAAGAACUUUCUUUCAAUAGAAAAUAUACAAGAACAUUCUACCAAAGAGCAGCAUAACUUACAUGGGAGUAAACAAAGUAAUACAACAGUUAAAAUCUCUGUGGACAACGAUAGUCUGAAUGGUAGAAAAUUUCAAGAUUGUGCUGUAUACAACAGAUUAUUCACUUACUCUGUUCAUCUUCAACAACAUGACAGAAUUAACAGUGGAAAGAAACCCUAUGAAUGUAAACAAUGUAGUAAAACAUUCAGUUGUUCCAGUAAUCUUCGGAAACAUGAACGAACUCACACUGGAGAGAAACCCUAUGGAUGUAAACAGUGUAGUAAAACAUUCAGUUUUUCCAGUAAUCUUCAAACACAUGAACGAACUCACAGUGGAGAGAAACCCUAUGAAUGUAAACUAUGUAGUAAAACAUUCGGGCAAUCCAGUUUUCUUCGGGAACAUGAAAGAACUCACAGUGGAGAGAAACCCUAUGAAUGUAAACUAUGUAGUAAAACAUUCAGGCAAUCUAGUACUCUUCGGCAACAUGAACGAACUCACAGUGGAGAGAAACUCUAUGACUGUAAACAAUGUAGUAAAACAUUCAGUUCUUCCAGUUAUCUUCGGAAACAUGAAAGAAUUCACAGUGGUGAGAAACCCUAUGAAUGUAAACUAUGUACUAAAACAUUUACUUAUUCCAGUACUCUUCGGACACAUGAAAUAAUUCACAGUGGUGAGAAACCCUAUAAAUGUAAACUGUGUAGUAAAACAUUUAGUUUUUCCAGUCAUCUUCGGACACAUGAAAGGACUCACAGUGGAGAGAAACCCUAUGAAUGUAAACUAUGUAGUAAAUCAUUCAGUUGUUCUAGCAGUCUUCGGAUACAUGAAAGAACUCACAGUGGAGAGAAACCCUAUGAAUGUAAACUAUGUAGUAAAACAUUCACGUGUUCUGGUAGUCUUCGGCAACAUGAACGAACUCACAGUGGAGAGAAACCCUAUGAAUGUAAAAAAUGUAGUAAAACGUUCAGCUCUUCCAGUCAUCUUCAGAGACAUGAAAGAACUCACAGUGGAGAGAGACCCUAUGAAUGUAAACAGUGUAGUAAAACAUUCAGCUCUUCCAGUAAUCUUCGGCAACAUGAACGAACUCACAGUGGAGAGAAACCCUAUGAAUGUAAACAAUGUGGUAAAACAUUCAGUCAACCUGGUCAUCUUCAUAGACAUGAACAAACUCACAGUGAAGAGAAAUCCUAAGAAUGUAAACUUUAAUAAAACAGUCAAACUGGUCAUCUUCAUAUACAUCAACAAACUCAUAGUGGAGAGAAACCCUGUGAAUGUAAACUAUAUAGUAAAACAUUCAGUUCUUCCAGUUAUCUUUGGAAACAUGAAAGAAUUUACAAUGGAGAGGAACCCAAUGUAUGUAAACUAUGUAGUAAAACAUUCAGUUCCAGUCAUCUUUGGACACAUGAAAGAACUCACAGUAGUGAGAAACCCUAUGAGUGUAAACAAUGCAUUAAGGCAUUCAUGGGUUCUAGUUCUCUUCAUUUAUAUGAAUGAACUCAUAGUGGAGAGAAAGAAACCUCAUGUAUGUAAACAAUGUAGUCAAACAUUCAUUUAAGCCAGUUUUCUAUGGAGAUAUGAAAGAUCUCACAGUGGAGAGAAACCCAGUGAAUGUAAACAGCAAAACAUUGAUUCUAGCCUCUCAUCUUUGUCAACAUGAAAUAACUCACAAUGGAAAGAAAUUUGAUGAAUGUAAGCAGUGUUGAAAACAUUCCAUUAUUCUGGUCCUCUUUGUAGACAUGAAGGAAUUCACAGUGAAGCAAAACCCUAUGAAAUUAAUAAAGCUUUUAGAUAUUCC